UUGGAUACAUACACAAAAAUAUGGCUUCCAUUUUGUUCACUUUGGAAAACGUGUGUUUUCUCCUUACUUGUCUUUUACCUAACCUAAUCAGUGCAGCGUACUACUGCAGAUACAAUAGCUACUACUCCCGUUAUUACUGUUACUACUACUACUAUUACUAUUACGACUACGACUAUACCUAUGAUAGCAGUGGUGGUGCGAUUGCCGGAGCUGUCAUAGGAGGAAUCGUUGGACUGGUGAUCAUCGCCACUAUCAUUACCUGUGUUGUUGUACAUUGCUGUAAAAAGAAAACCCACGGUCAAGUGAUCGUACAUCCAACAGGUUAUUCGGCGAGUUACACGAAUACAUAUCACAAUGCUUAUGGGGGAUAUGGAUCCGGACCAUAUGUGACAACAGCGACAAUCAACUACGCAGCACAUCCAUCUGCUCCCCCUCCCCCGCUCCCUGCCUACCCGCCCCCACCUCAGUACCAACCCCCACCUGCCUUCCAUCCCAGUGAACCACACACAUCAACUCAGGAUGGCAAUUCAAAAAUGUAAUCAUAUUGGUGUUUUCAAAGGAAUGACAACAAACAUCUUCAAAAUCAGUUUUAUUGCAUAAAAUUCCAUUUCUCUCAAAUACAUUGUAUCAUAUCAAUUUAUGUGUUUAAUUUUCAAAUAACCUUCGUUUUUGG